CUGGCCUGCGGUCGGUGCCUGCGGUGAGGUACCUGGGUUCCUGAAGGGCGGGCGUUUAGGUCAUAACUGCCGCUGUCGGCGGACGCUCUCGGGCUACCAGGCUUGGUAACGACAAGCCAGCAGGGGCAUUCCUUACUUAGUGCCUACCGCACGGGUCUGCUCUUUCUGCCACCUCCGCCGUCCCCACCUCUUUUCGGGUGAAGUCACCUUUACGUUUCGAGACUUUGGGUCCUGAGGCCCAAACUCGACACGAACCCCCACCACUCCUCUUUUCCACUCAUCUUCCGUCCCUUCCUUUGCAGCACCACAUCAUUGAGCCUUUGAGCUGGCCAUCUAGGCUGUUCCUUGAGGCCAAGUUCAAGGCGGUUUAAGGUAACUGUGGGGAAAGCAGCCCCCCAGUGGACAAAGGCGGAGGCGAGAAUAGAGCAGGCCUAGCGGCCACAGGCAAUUAAAUUAGGCGACUGAGCGUGUAAACAACGAGAAAGAAAAAAGAAAGGAAAAAGAGUACUGCGGUUUAGAAAGGACUGGAAAGGACUUGUUGCACGAUGGAAGAAUCUGACUCUGAAAGAAAGAUGGAGAAAGAGAAUCUGGGGCCAAGAAUGGAGCCUCCCAUAGGGGAACCUGAAGGAUCGCUUGGGUGGGUGCUACCAAAUACAGCCAUGAAGAAAAAGGUGCUGUUGAUGGGUAAAAGUGGGUCUGGUAAGACCAGCAUGAGGUCUAUUAUCUUUGCAAAUUAUAUUGCGAGAGACACACGUCGCCUUGGUGCAACAAUACUAGACCGUUUACAUAGUCUUCAAAUUAAUAGCAGUUUGAGCACCUACUCUCUCGUAGACUCUGUUGGAAAUACAAAGACAUUUGAUGUAGAACAUUCUCAUGUUCGAUUUCUGGGAAACCUGGUAUUGAACCUGUGGGACUGUGGUGGACAGGACAACUUCAUGGAAAAUUAUUUCACUAGCCAGCGAGACAACAUCUUCAGAAAUGUGGAGGUUCUGAUAUAUGUGUUUGAUGUGGAAAGCCGUGAAUUGGAAAAGGACAUGCACUAUUACCAAUCAUGCCUAGAGGCCAUUCUGCAGAAUUCUCCAGAUGCCAAAAUCUUUUGCUUGGUACACAAAAUGGAUCUGGUACAGGAGGAUCAACGGGACCUGAUUUUUAAAGAACGAGAAGAAGAUCUGAGGCGUUUGUCUCGCCCAUUGGAAUGUUCUUGUUUCCGAACAUCUAUCUGGGAUGAAACUCUCUAUAAGGCUUGGUCCAGCAUUGUUUAUCAGCUGAUUCCCAAUGUUCAGCAGCUGGAAAUGAACCUAAGGAAUUUUGCUGAAAUUAUUGAGGCUGAUGAAGUGCUUUUGUUUGAGAGAGCUACUUUUCUGGUGAUUUCUCACUAUCAGUGUAAAGAGCAGCGUGAUGCCCAUAGAUUUGAGAAAAUCAGCAACAUUAUUAAGCAGUUUAAGCUGAGCUGCAGCAAGCUAGCUGCUUCUUUCCAGAGCAUGGAAGUCAGGAACUCUAACUUUGCUGCUUUCAUUGAUAUCUUUACAUCCAACACUUAUGUGAUGGUCGUGAUGUCUGAUCCAUCCAUUCCUUCUGCAGCUACUCUGAUCAACAUCCGCAAUGCCAGGAAACACUUUGAAAAGCUGGAGAGAGUGGAUGGACCAAAGCAGUGUCUCCUCAUGCGCUAAACAUUGCCAAAUGUGUUUCAAAAAUUUUUGAAAUGCUGUUUCUUAAUUAAUCUUAAUGUUGUGUUCAUAUAUGUAGGCUCUGAAAUGUGAAGCUUACGACUUGUGUAUUUCUACCCUACUCUCCAGUCUUAAUGUUUAACCUUAAAUGCUAUUUACUAAAAUAGCCAGUGAGAAGUUAGAAAAUGAGCUGUUCAUGGAUGUGAUGUGACAUAAAAGUAUGUGCUAUGUAAGUGUUCUGAUAACAAGGUUCUAAUAUUGUGUGCUUCAAUAACCUGGUUCUAAUAGUUGUGUAUGUCAUAGCCUUUCCCAACAUCAUCUUGUAUUCCUCAUUGGAUGGUAACCUAUAAGUUUGGAAUAUUACUAAUUUCUCAGCAUGCAUUACAAUUUUUCCUUAACUUCAACUAUAA